AAAAUUGUUAACCAACAACAUUCAUGAUAAGAUUACUAAGAAUAAACAUUUUAGGGAAAAACAAUUUUCACAAUUGUUUCGAAUAGAUGGCGCCAUAGAGUGAUAAACGAUUGUUGUGUUUCUGUGCGAAUUGUUUUUCGUCCAAUAAUCAGAAUCUUAACAAUUAAACUUCCCCUGAUUUCUCUAAACAACUGCAUUGAUAAAAUCCCCCGAUUGCCCAUUGUAAAAUUUCUAAUUUACAGCCAAACAAGCUCAGCCCAUGAGUUAUAUUUAGCAGUGAAUAAUUAAUAAUUUAUCACGCGUUUUGCGAAAACACAACACGAUGGAACAAAAGAUAAAUUUAAGGGGCGAUCAUUACAACCUAAAAUGGAACAGUUUUACGCAAAACCUGAUCCAAGUUCUGCAAGCCAAACAAUCCAGUGCAGCAUUGACCGAUGUCACACUUUAUUGUGAGGGCCAUUUCAUCAAGGCACAUAAGAUUGUUCUUGCGGCAUCCAGUGUUAUUUUUGAAGAAAUGUUUAAGUAUCAUGAAGAGAAGAACCCUUGUGUUAUAUUGAAUGGUGUGAACAUUCGAGAUUUACAGUACAUCAUUGAGUUUAUGUACAAUGGACAGACCAAUGUUUAUGAUGGGGACUUGCAGGGAGUUUUAAAUUUGGGUGAAACUUUACAGAUCAAGGGAUUGAGUUCUGUGAAAGUUAAAGAUGUAGCUAAUGCCACAAAUAGCAUAGGUGGUACAGUAAAUACUACUGUAAAUAAUAAUUCAAAUAAUGUUAAUUUAUUAUCACAACCGGCUAAACUAUUUGUACCUAUUUUAAAUCUUUGUGCUCAACCUCAAAAAGUUAAGAAAGAGGAACAAGAAACAACAGAUAAACUGCCUAAAAAUAAUAGCAAUGAGAAUAUUCCGCCAAAAAAACGAAAAUUGGCAUCAGAAAUUUCUGAGUCCAAAGAAAAUGUUGAAAAACCCACUGAUUUAACUAUGGAUAAAUCUGUUAAAACUGAAAAUAAUAGUACAGAAAACCCAUCACCAAUAAGUAGACCGAAAUCGCCUCAUGAAUGUGACCAUCCAUAUUUUGUACAUGAUGGUGGUUCACUAAAAAAACUAAAGAAAACACCUUCACAAGUAAUUAAAAUAGAGAAACUCGCUGGUACAAGUACUAAAAACACUUAUAAAAUUGACAUACCAGAAAAAGUUCCCAGACCACCAAAUGCGUUUAUGAUUUUUGCCAACGAGUGGAGGAGGAAACUGGCAAUAGAGAACCCCAAUGACUCCAAUAAGAUCAUAUCAAUAAAACUGGGCAAUAUGUGGAAGAACUUUUCACCAGAAGAGAAACAAGUCUACUACGCGCAAGCGAAAAAGGCAGACGAAGUGCACAAAAUCAAAUAUCCCAAUUACUAUUACAGCCCCAAAGAAGCACGCAUCAGGAAAGCAGCGGCGAAUUUAGGAAAGGGAGUGUCAACUGAUAAGGCGAUGGAGCUCGUGAAUAUGGUCGUGAAGGAGUCGGCGAAGACGGACAAUUUUAUAGAGAAUUUUGUUGAGAUCGAGGUACAAGAUGAGGAUUCGUUCGAGAACGCCGACGUCACUGAAGAACCCGCCGAAAUACCCGAAGUCCAAGAAAUCCAAGAUGAUUAGCCACAGAAACAAUGUAAUUAUUUAUAAAAACGUUUAUUGUGUAAAACGAUUAAGUUAUAGUUUCUGUUAGAUGAGGGAGACAAAAAUUGCAGCAACGUAAAUUUAUAUGCCAAAGUACGAAUUAAAUAUUUUUCUUUAUACUGUAAA